UCAUUCGAGUCAUUAUCUACUCAUAAGCAUGAGUCGUGAAAUUAUUGUCUGCUGAAUGUGAAUAGAAACCAGGGGCGCUGGGAAACCAGUCAAACACUGUCAGGCAAUGAAGGGAAACGUCUCAGUUGCCAUGCCACAUUGUCGAUGAUUUUCUUACGAAAAAUCCAAGCAUUGAACUCCUGGUGGUUUCUCCAACACAUGAGUUGCCGAUGUCAUCAAUUCUCAUCAACAACGAUGAAGACAAUUCUGAUAGUGUGUUGUCUGCACAUUGCUGCUGCUUUACCACAAGAAGGAAGCAUCACAUGCUCAGUAUCUCCAGUGGAGAUAGACCAGGAUGCGGUUCUAAACUGCAGUUUCCCAGAAGACCUGAACACGACAAAGAAAGACUUUGCAGUCUACCACUACCGGGACGAUACGGGAGAUGCUGUAGUGGACUGUUGGUGGCUGAAGGGGGCAAUGACCUGUUCCGCAAGACCUGAGAUCAGAUAUGAAAGCACUGUCGGCCAUACUUUCACUAUUACACUUCAGAACAUUUCUUCAUCUCAGACUGGCAGAUACGCUUGUCAGAUCGCUAACUACCACCAAAACCUCAUUCAAUCGUGUGAACUCACGAUCCUGUCUGGUGCAAACAACUCGUGUAAAGUCUCAAAUGUGCCCAAUGAUUCCCAAAUAACCCUGACCUGUUUCUUUAACGAAAAUGUUCAGACGACUCAAAACAAUUUUUCUGUCUACAGACACAAUAGCCAAGAGAAACUAGCAGAGAUAUUACAUUGUUGGUGGGUAGACAACAAACCACAGUGUCAGGUUGAUGAUGAUUACCUGUACGAUUACGAGGUGUCCACGCAUCUCACCAUGAAAAUUCAAAAGACGAUAAAAGUGAAAACUUUAACCUACUCAUGCUGGCACGAGGGCUCCACACAACAACAACAGGCAAAAUGUUCACUUGAGAUAUCUGAGGAAGCCUCGGAAGAAGAUAUUUCAACUGGUUUGGCUGUCGGCUUGUCCCUGGCUUUGACUGCAGUGAUAACAGCAAUUAUUGUCAUUGUAAUUCUGAUGAGACGCAACAAUUGGGCUUUUCGGUGGAGAAAAACGCGAACAUCUACCGACGAUGCACAUCUCCCUAUGAUAAAAAAAGAAAGCAAUGAAUACGUAACAACAAAAACGUUGCAGGAAUAUUUAGUGAAAAACAUCAAAGAAAUGUACCCGGAUACUCUUGAUUCCUGCUAUUUCGUGCCUCCAGUUUACUUCAACAAAAUUCGAUAUGAAAAACAGCCAAUAGCUGGUCAAGUCGUGUACGUCCCACAACCUCCUGACCUCAGUGACGUCAGACACGACCGCGCCAUGCAGCACGUGCUGCACUGCUUACGUCACAUGGCGGAACACCACAAGGAGGACAUGUUUGUCCUGUCACAGUUUAAUUAUGAAGAUUAUCUAAACAACCCUGGAAAUAGCUUUUUAAACCAUCGCUUACCUGUUCCCGCUAGGUUUACAGACAAGACAAACGUCGGCUGCUUUGACAUUCUCAUUAUUCAUCGACGUUUCGGGGUGUUGGUUGGGGUCGUCAAGUCUCUCAGCGAUAAGGAUGACGGGAGUGAGGAAAGUGAAAGGAAAAUAGAUGACAUGUUAGUCAGGGAGGUGUCUGAAGCUAUCGCUCAAGUUAAAUACGCAAACAGCAUGAUGGGACACCUGAUGUCAGAUCAGACACACAAACCUGUAAUUCAAACGACAUUAAUGUUUCCCAACGUUACCUGGUCGUCACUACAACGAGCUCUCGGCAGUUACAGUCAGGUUGUACAGAGUUUGCGCGAGUGUGUAAAUGUGAAGGCUACUGACGACCCCACUCAUCUGUGUCUUUGCGCAAAUCAUCUGUCGAACCCUUGCGCGCCAUGGGACAUCGACACCAGUGUGAUGAGUCAUCUGAGAAACUGGUGGAACAGGUUAAUGAAUCAAUCUGAUGCUGACUCAAACAUGACUGAUGAGUUGUAUUUAAACAUGAUAGCAAGGUUUUGUGGACCAGCUACUCAGUCCACCCUACAACUGAUGGACGAGACUUUCCUGCAGCCCAAGACUCUGGCAGACGCCGUGACCCUGACAGGAGACCUGUACGAGCGACUGACUCUGUACCCGGAUAUGAUAGAGAUGCUCAGUGAACAAAGGUUGUUUCUUGUUGGUCCACCCAACACCGGCAAGACACGAAUGUUGACGCUGGCUGGUAAACAAUGGAUAGAAAGUGGCCAUCCCCUCUACAUUUUAGUCAGUAGUUUUACAAAAAGGGACUUCAUGUCCUCGUUUUCUAAAACAUCCAACCAUACGCCUACGACAAAAGAUAUAGAUGAGACUUCACGACCCUUUGUCACCCAAGUAAUCUGUAAUUUCAAUUACAAGAAGGAAAUGAAGGAAAUUCUGGACGUUUUAACAACACAAAAGAGAAUACAACUGUGUGUGAUUGCAAGUGAAGUCGAUUUCCCGGGAAAAAUGCACUCUGUGGACAAAGUAAUAGAGAAGGGGCAAAAAAGAAAAUAUUUUAAAACAUUUGUAGAAAGUCUAAGUCGCCAACAUCCAAAUCUUGUAUUGUGGGCAACAAGCAGCACUAGCCAGAAUGUACCCGAUGGCUGGAAGGUACAGACCUUCACUCGGGCCCUCACCUGUCCACCUGCAGUGGUUAGAGAGGCUUCACGUACAGGAGCUGAUUAUUUCACACCUGGGGCUGAAAUCCUAUCACUUGACUGCCUGACUCCUACAGAUGGCCCACAAGUGAAAUACAUUUACCAUGAGAUGGACUCCACGGGUUACCACGACUGUUCUCUGUGUGGCAGGAAGGUGGCUGAUUUUCUCAGCAAACAUCUUGACAAUAAAGGCAGUAAGUGGGAUUGUUGUCUUCACUUUGUUUUCCUUCGCCUUUUCAGUUUCUUGUUUUAUUAAGAUUGUGUAGAUCAAAAGCUUAUAAUUGUAUAUUGACAUGUUGUACAAGCCUUAAUUUUGAUUGAAGAUUUCUUUAAACAUAUUCAAACAUUUCAAUGAGAGUUUCUUAAAAAAUAUUGAGUAGUUUAGUAGUUACUAUAAGCUUUCAAUUUUUCUUUCCUCAUUUUCUCAGUUUCUUGCUUUGGUUAGACACUGUUUACUUCAAAAGCUAAUAACUUUUAUUGACAAGAGAUAUAGACCUGCAAUUUGGUAGAGCAUAUCUUCAUACAAAAUGUAAACAUUUGAAGAGAGAGCUUUUAAAGAAUUACUUAGUAGUUUUGUAGAUAUACCGUUUUAAAUCAAAAUUUCUUAAAAUUUGACACAGUGGUUAACAAAAAAAAAUUCAUAAAAAUCUAAGCCGAUGUUGCAAAAUCCCUCUCUUACGAUUGUAGAUCUGUCUUUUAUGUAACUAUUUCAAACAGAAUUUCGAGUCUACUCACAAAAUUGACGAAGUUAUAAGCUUUUUAAAAUGUUUGUUUGGGCGCCAUUUUGGAUUGUUUCCAUGGAAACCGAUAGCGCAACGAGUGCAGUAAAACCAUUUUUUGAAACUUCAUUCAAGGGCUAAAUAGCUGAUACAAAAAAUACUGGAUAUACUGGAUCUUCCGCAUGUCUUCUGCCAAUAGCUUUUAAGUUCAAACUGCAUUUGUACAUAUAUAUAUAUACACAGACGAAUCUGAUAAAGAAACCUGACCAUGAGUACUGUGUCGUUACUUUGUGUGUGUGUGUGUUCUCCUCAUCACAUUCUUAUAAAAGUAUGUUCGUACAUAAGUACAUAAAAUUAUUUUUUAAACUUAUAUGCUUAAUCCAUUUGAUUUUUUUAAAGAUAUAAUCGUCAUUAACCAAUUAUUAACUCUUUUAAGAUUUACAGAGGUGAUAUGUGAUGACCAUCAAUUUUCUUAUUUUCCCUCAGUUAUCUCCCAUUACUUGUUAAAUGAAAUAUUUUUUCCCGGUGUCUUCUUUUUUGUUUUUUUUGUUUUUGUUUUUUCUUUGUUUCUUAUUUUUUAUUUGCUUCUUGAUGCUGGAUCAUCUGUACGAUUUUUAACUUUUGACUUGCCCUAUUACCUUUUUACCUAUUUCUCAUCUAGCUUUUUAAACUUGUUAAGGUCAUUUGUUUCUCAGACUAGAGGAAAAAAAAAAAGUCGAGAGGUUAGAGCAUUAGCGUUUCAAAGCCACACCAGUUCAAUACCCUCGAAGCACAGCAAUUUUUUUCCCGUUGACCAGGUGUCGGGACUUGACAUGAAUACUGAACUCCAUAGCGGAUUGGAAAGUCAAAGCAAGGGACAAGAGACAUGCACCGUUCUCACAAAAAUGCUGUUUUGGUAAAAAAGGGUUAGGUACAACCUCUGUUCCUGAAAAAGGUUAGGGGAUCAGUCUUAAAUUACCUCUUGAACUCACACGAUUGUAGUGUAUUGACUAUUGUUAUGUUCAGAAAGACUUUAUCAGCAUUCAUGCUAUCUUUAUGUUAAAAAUGUUUACAAAACUAAUCUUAAAUUUCAGUUACUAGAUAUUGUAUGUGGUGGGGUACAUUAUUACUACUUUAUAUUCCACAGCAAAGAUAACUCUCUGCUUGAUCGUGCGAUCUACGUUUCUUUCAAUCUGACAAACAGAGCUAAUACAAUCUUUCUUUGGCCCCUCUUUCGGGUGUUGAGGGGGUUGUCUUUAUUCUGCAGAAUUUAGUAGGCCAGAUUAUCAGUCUACUCAGCUUUUUUCUUCUUUUACUUCUACCAAACCCUUUAAUGUCAAUAUUUUACUUCCCGUACGUCCUAACCCUGAUCAGUACGUCUGUGCGUGCACUCUGACCUCAAGGGUUCAUGUGUCAGCCUUAAACGAGGUCACACAAUGUAUAUGAGUCAUGUGAUCAACAAAAGACCUUUGUCGCUUGCUCCGUUAUCUCUCUCAAGCUUAUCACAUGUGUUAGCAAGCAACUAAAUGUACUUGUCAUGUGUGUUUGUGCAUUUGUGUUGUGCAUUAUUGUGCUGACUAUAUUCAUGCGUGCUAAUAUAAACAGCUCUGGACCGAAUAAAAACUACAAAGACCCAUUCAAACAUGUAUUUUCUUUGCUGACUAAUAAAACAUAGA